CUAAACUCAUAGAGUUCAUGGAUUGAUUAUUGCAUUCCUCGCCCAAUAGCUCCAACUCCAUAUUAAGUUCUUUGAUUUUCCAAAAUUGUGUUAUAGUUAUACUGGUAACUGGAAAGCUCUCGCACAAACCGUCCAAUAGGGAGGUGUUUUGAUUAGAUUCUUAUAGGCAAUGUGGUAUCCCUAAGAGCCUCAUCAAGUUUAGUCGACCAAUAUCUGUGAGAAUGACCAAUUAUCUUCUACAAGAUUUGUUUGUGAUAUCCACUUUUAAGUUUUUUUUUUUUAUGACAGGAAAUAGAUUAGAGUGAGGCGCUCCAAACUGACCACAUACUCGCUCGAACUUGCGUUGCAAGUGGGUGCCCAAUCAUUGAUAAUGUCACAUUAUGUACAAAAUUGAGCAAAGAGUUUCUUCAAAAACUUCCCCUCUGCCCACUUCAAGACAUAGUCCACAUGAACUAUAAUGUACUCGUUUCCAAGGGAUGGACGGAAGGGUAUCAUAAAGCUGAUUCCUCAAACAUUGAACUGUUCCAUCAAUUUAAUAGUUGGGGCAUAUUGUUCCCCCAACAUACAUUUUCCAAAAUGUUGUCAUGCAUCUCAUGCCUUAGGGUAUCAAUCUCAAACUUGGAAGAUCGUAGGCUAGUAGAAUCCACAUUCUAAAACCUUGCAAGUCAUUUUGAUGGUUAGACCCACCUUCGAAUAAUUCUAUCUGAUUCGGUACAAAUGAAAUGUUGCUCAUCCCAUAAAUAGUAUUUUAGAUAUACAAAUAACUUCUUCUUUUUACAGUCGAGAACAUAUAGUGUCUCUUUGGUAGUCAUAUAGGUUGUCAUGUUAGCGAAACAAGGACCCUGUGCCUCUUCAAUUAGUAUCGGAAAAUUUAAUGAUCAGGGAAGGAGUUAUUGAUACCAACCCAUGGCUGUGGAUUGGAUUCACCAUCCUUGGCAUGAAAAUAUAUGAGUGCUCGGUGAUCGAUGCAGAUCAUCAUAUAAUAUAUCACUAGAUAAGAGCAAAAAUUACAACUAACACACAUGCAUUAGCAUUCGUUCUUUCUCCAUGGUCGUGUAAUUUCACUAGGCAUCAUUUAUUGUUCGAAUGUCAUAGUACGUAGCACAAAACCGUUGCUCCUUUCUCCGACAACAUUAAGCCGAUUGAUAAUUUCUAGCAUCACACAUUGAGUUCGAAGCGUGAGGACCAUUUUGGUACAACAAGGAUAGAAGCACGAGUGAGCUUCUUUUUCAUGAACUCAAAUAUAUGAGUGAUGGGUUUGUAAAUGGGGUUAGUCCGGUGACUAGUUAAGAAAUUCGACUUUUUAAUUUGUUUCUCUCCGCAAUCAGACGACAGACACCAUUCGUCCAUCGUUCUCCUUCAUCCAAGCGGUAAAACAAUAUCGACCGUCCAUUCAAAUAUCAAUCAACGGACCUGCAUAUCGAUCCGUGUCUUUCAUCCUCAUUGGUGGAAAGACAAGUUCGCCCUCCCUAUAUAAAUCCAACCGCUCCUUUUCUUCAGUCUAACAAAUCAAUUUCGUCUGUCAUCCUUCUCCUGCUUAGAAUAUUUCUCUUAGCUUUUUUCGAGCUCGUAUUCCUGCAAUUCCUCUCCUUUCCUCUCUCAAGGUUUUCUUUCUCGGCAAAAUUUGAUUCAGAGAUGGCCGGUAGGGGGAAAACCCUAGGAUCUGGUGCCGCGAAGAAGGCGACCUCCAGGAGCAGUAAGGCUGGUUUGCAGUUUCCCGUCGGCCGUAUCGCCAGGUUCUUGAAGGCCGGCAAGUAUGCCGAGCGUGUUGGUGCCGGUGCCCCUGUCUACCUGGCCGCCGUUCUCGAAUACCUUGCCGCUGAGGUGCUUGAAUUGGCUGGAAACGCAGCAAGAGACAACAAGAAGACCAGAAUUGUUCCCCGCCACAUCCAGCUUGCGGUGAGAAACGAUGAGGAAUUGAGCAAGCUUCUCGGAGAUGUGACAAUUGCCAACGGUGGUGUGAUGCCCAACAUCCACAACCUUCUCCUCCCGAAGAAGGCUGGCGGGUCUGGAUCCAAGGCUUCUGCCGACGACGAGAGCUAAACCUGUCAGAAGAUCUUAUCUUCAUCAACGGGAAUUGCCAAUUAGGGGUUAAAGUUUGGUUUUUUGUUUUUGGCUUGUGUUCGCAAUUAUGAUAGUAGGAGGAAAGUCGGUAUCUUUAGUAGUUGUGGGGUUUAUGUUGAAUUAGUAGGGCAGGGUGUUGGAUUAGGUCUUAGGCGAGAAUGGUAGAGAAGUUAGUCUGUAAUUGAUUUGUGCUUUCUUCUACCUUAUUUUCUCUCUUUUCACUCAACAGCUUUUCUGCAGCUCUGCUUAUAUUGUAAAUUCACUGUUUUAGUAGGUUGACUGCCUUGUUUCAAUCUUGUGCUCUGCUUCCCAGUUCCCACUAGCUUCCAUUUUCUUAUUAAAAAAAAUCCCCUUUU